UGCCAGCUUAUUCAGACAUGGAUUCGCCCCUAGUUUAUUCAGCUAUGCUGCGGCCCACAUGAAUUUCUAUAUAUAUUUAUAAUAAUGGGAGGAAGGACGCAAUGCGGAAAGCUUAAUAUGGGGGGUGGAUAGAAAUCUUUCUCGAAUCUUCACACCCCCCUUUUUUAUUUCCCAUUUGUUUUUUUGCUGAUCAUUUUUUACGAAUUCAAGGUUUCUGCGCAUUGUUUUCUGACUGGUACGCUUUUGAUCUCAUGUUACAAAUUGCAUUAUUGUUCGAUGAAAUGUUUGUUGAUUUUUUUUUGUGAUUUGAUCAGGAGAGAUUAUAUUGAUUGAUUCGUUUAUUGAUAUUCUGAGAUUUUUGGGAAAAUUUAUUCCCAAAAUUUCAGAGCCCUAGCUGCACAAUUCUGUGUGGUGUGAUAAUUGGUUUUUCAUUUUCAUUGUCGAUGCGUUUGAGGGUUUGGUUACAAAGAGAGAAUUUGUGAUUGAUAUCAUUUUAGUGAGAGGAUCGAUCAUAAAUGGAUCACAAAGAGAAAGAAUAUGUGAUUGAUAUUGAAAAUGGUGAUGCUAAUGGGAGUAAGGAUUCAUCCUCUGAUUCCACAUGGGGGAAGAAGAUUUUGAAAAGGAUUGGCAGUGGAAUUUUGAAUUUAAAUGGACUGGUUGAUGAUGAGGUCGGGGUGAAACCGGAUGUUGGUACAGAGGAAGAGCUUGAUAAAGAGACGACGAAAUUGUUGAGUGAUAAGGCUCGGGGAGGGGAGGACGGUGAGGGGGUAGUGCCCCCUGUCGAGAGGGACAAUGAGAGGGGAGGAGAGGGGCGAGCGCCCCCUGUUGAGAAGGAGAGACGGAAGGGUGGGAAGGCUAAGAAGGCUGCAAAGCCACCUCGGCCUCCAAAGGGUCCGACCUUGGAUGCUGCUGACAUGAGGUUGCUCAAGGAGAUAUCGAGGCUUGCCAUUAAGAAGCGUGAGAGGAUGGAACGUUUGAAGGCACUGAAGAAGAAUAAAUCGCCCAAAUGGUCAUCCCCAUCAUCUUCUUCGUCGUCAUCAUCAGUAUGUUCAUCUGCUGCAACCAUCUCAGCCAUGUUCGUCACUGUUUUCUUUUUUCUCGUGUUAAUCUUACAAGGUCUAAACGCGAGCACUAGUUCAACUUUGAUAAUCGCAGGAGCUCCUCAACCUCAGCCACAAGCACAUAUGAGAGGCUUGUUGCCUAUUAAGUUCUAUAAAACUUUUAAAUCAGAUGGUGGUGGUACACCGAGUUUCUUACCUCCCAAGUCUACAUAGUUUCUCCCUGGUACGAGUCUUAGUCUCAGCUGGCUGGAACAGAACAAAGACGAAGAUGAAGAUGAAAAUGAGGACAAGCGAGCGUCUCCGAGAAAAUGUCGUUUGGGUUCUUGAAAUGGUGGAGAUCAGAUUCUAACCGAGUGCACAUAUUUUCUGUCUAACUCUUUGUAAAUGAGAAAGUUGUUUGAUUCUCUUGCACUAGUUCAAAGUAUAUCUUUGUAUCUAGAUAAGCCAAUGACUAUAAAUAUAACUUCACUUUUAUUUGUUUAAA